UAGAGCUUAGUUUCCUUCGUUUACAUGUGUAUUGUAUAGGUACUAUACGUAUUUUUGAGCCAUUAUGGCAGCGAGUUAGUUAUAGUAAGUGACGCAGCAGCAGUAUGGUGCGAGUGGUCUUUUUGCACCCUGAUUUGGGAAUAGGAGGUGCGGAGCGGCUGGUGGUGGACGCAGCUGUAGCCCUGCGCUCCCGUGGAUGCAGUGUUCAGAUCUGGACGGCGCAUUAUGAUUCACAGCACUGCUUCUCCGAAACACUUUCGCCAGACCUGCCCGUGGUGUGUGUUGGCGACUGGUUGCCCACCAGUGUGUGUGGGUACUUCCAUGCCAUCUGUGCCUACCUGCGUAUGAUUUAUGUAGCUCUCUACUUGGUGUUUUUGAGCGGAGAAGAGUAUGAUGUGGUUUUCUGUGACCAGGUGUCUGCGUGUAUUCCUGUCUUGCGUCUAGCGCGCCACAGGAAGAAGGUCCUCUUCUACUGCCACUUCCCUGACCAGUUGCUAACAGAGCGGCGUUCCCUGCUUAAGCGUCUCUACCGUGCGCCCAUAGACCGCCUGGAGGAGUUCACAACCGGCAUGGCCGACCUCGUCGUAGUCAACAGCAAAUUCACCGCCAAUAUUUUCAAACAGACCUUCCCCAGCUUGGCUGCGAUCCAAACAGAUGUCCUUUACCCCUCUCUGAAUACAUCCACAUUUGAUAAGAAAGUGGAAGACCUCGACGGGCUGAUCCCUGAGCACCGGCGCUUCCUGUUUCUCUCGAUAAAUCGCUACGAGAGAAAGAAAAACCUGCCGUUAGCAUUGCAAGCACUGUCUGCGCUGAAGGAGCGGAUUUCAACUCGCCAGUGGGAACAGGUCCACCUGGUUAUGGCAGGGGGCUAUGACGAGCGGGUGGCUGAGAACGUGCAGCACCAUGCUGAGCUGCGCUCUCUAGCGGCCUCUCUUGGCCUGGAGGAGCACAUCACCUUUCUGCGCUCUUUCUCUGACCACCAGAAGGUGGCACUGCUAAACAAAAGCACUUGUGUCCUUUACACACCCAGCGGUGAGCACUUUGGAAUUGUACCGGUUGAAGCCAUGUACAUGCAAUGCCCCGUGAUUGCCGUAGCCUCUGGAGGACCUCUGGAGUCUGUGGCGGAUGGAGAGACGGGCUUUCUGUGCCAGCCCACAGCUGAGAGCUUUGCCAAAGCCAUGCAGCAAUUUGUGGUUGACCCGGAGCUCAAGCAGCGCGUAGGGAAGGCAGGACGGGAAAGGGUGCUCGGGCGCUUCUCUCUGCAAGCUUUCACUGAUCAGCUUUAUCAAUAUGUCAUCAGUUUGAUCAACUGAUCCUUUGAAACCUUCCUCGUGUUAUUCCACUGACCUGGUGCUGAAAGAAUGCUCUCUCUCUCUCUCUCUCUCUCUCUCUCUCUCUCUCUGUGUGUAAUUAAAGAAGAGAGCCGUGAACAUGUCGGGAAUUAACCUGUCAAACACUCAGGUCGGAACAACAAUACAGGGCGGAGUCAGAAUGUGGAGCGACUGCUGACUGAGAGGUUAACGAUUUAUUCUUGCUGGACGUUGAAAAUGGGUGCGUGUGGCAUGUCCGAGUGCAUAUGUGGAUGUCUUUUAUCCACGGACCAUAAAAGAGAGUUUCUGGGACAGAAGUCGAUCUUCAUACAGACCUUCAAGUAUCCUAACGUUUGUCCAGUUGUAUUAUUGAGAGAUGUUUAGAUAUUUAUUUUGCUAAGUAACUAAGAGCAGAUCUCUCAAGAUGUUAUUACAUAGAAGAUUUUCAGACAAGGGACCACAAUUUUAUAUAUGGGUCUGGGAUUGUUAUUGACUGUUUGUUUGCUUCCUCAUUAGUGCUGUUGUCAUUAAUAAACAAAUUUGUGUUCAA